AUGCCUAAAGAUCCUCCUCCCGUGUAUGAGCCGUAUAUGCGGCCAGUGAACAAGGACGGUAAAAGGUCAUGGUAUGCCAGCGACAUUAUGGUCUACUACAUCCUUCCCGAACCCUUGAAGCCCGAUGAAGUCGUCAGUCGAGCCGGCGAUCUCAAGCUCGACCGCACCAAGGCCUAUUACUGGGUGGCUGGAAGUCCCAACGUCGAUUGGAUCCCAUUCAUUCCUAAGGGCUGGCGCGUUGUACAAGCGAGGGCGGAUGGGAGAUAUGGAGAAGACGACCGCACUCAGUAUCCUAUCUACGCUGUCGACGGAUACCUGUACACGGCAGCCAUGCCUACCGACGUCCCCGAGCGCCCUCUCCUCAAGUUCACGCCUUAUCCUUCCGACUGCCCCUUGAUCUCCAGCUACGAUUCUUCCUGCGAGGUCCGGAUGUUGAAGCCUGGCGUGUUGGAGAGAUAUCGAAGAUACAGGGACGACUACGCGAGGAUUGCGCGCGACUAUCUCAAGGAGAGAGAGAAGUUGGGCAGGGGAGCAGAAAACAGCACAUUUCUCAAAGCGAUGGUCACACAUAUGGACGAUCUUCUCAUGCGACUCGAAACCUGCCCGAUGACCUACAAAGAGCUUCUACUCGCCAACGCCGAAUUCCAAUGCGCGUGCCUCGACAUCCACGCCUGGGUGGAUUUCAUGACGAUCUUUCUCCCUCGCACCCAGGGCGUGUUGGAACCAGGAGAACGCCCUCCGGAGGUCGACACCAAUCGUAUGGGGGCCAUCACGGAAGAUUGGCUUAUGGCACAGCGAUUGUACAGGAUGGGACUCCCGUGCUUUUAUCUCCAGCCGUCGUUUAGAGUGCUCAAGCAUGGACCAGCACGCAACUGUGUGUUACACGGCGCCGUACACCCAAGACAGCCGACGAUCGUUCUUGACCACUACAAGGAGGGUCUCGUGGUGUCGCCUUAUCCCCCCAUCGCUGAAGGAACCCCGUCGCCAGAGCUGUACAGACCGACGCAGCGACUGGGUUGUGCUAUGAUCGAUCUGCGCCUUCCAAGCGGACGAGGGGCCAUAGGUCCUGAUGGGUAUCCUCGCCAACCGACCCGAGUCAAUGCGGCCCUCCAACCCCAGCAUCUCGCGACCUUCUCUCCAUUCACACGUCAUCUCGCCCAAGGCAGCGCAGCGUCGGCAUCCCAGGAAGCAUCCGCCUCCCCUUCCACUCAAUCAAACCGAGUCGUCGUAUUCACCAGAUCAUCGUCAAGUUCAUCAACAUCGACAGGCCCGUCUAGUUCCAGCCAGCCUUUAUCGACCAGAUCGUUAUCAAGCUCGUCGAUUUCGCCAACCCUCUCUACUGCUAGCCAUCCGAUAGGAUCGAAAACCUCGACGUCAGCGCGAUUGGAAAGGCGCGAAUUACUCCCGCCCCUCAACGAGUCGCAGUUGGAACGAUUCAAAUCCAUCUGUAUUCCUUUCUGGCCUCAGCCCGUAGAUGCAUGGCAGGCAGCACUCAAGGCCGUGGACGUGAAGCAGCCUCGCUAUCGCCGCGAAGGUUGGAAGUUGGGCUUUGGAGUCCCUGAUCCCAUUAUGUUGGCGAGGGCAGAUGAUCGGGCGACUCUCGUUUUAGCUUGGCUUUUGGCUCGACCUCAUCAACUCAACUCGCUUUUCAAAGCGACAGGGACUAUCGGGUACGCAUCGGAAGGAGAAGCUCCCGAGCUGACGUCAGACCUGUGGCGAGGGUUCUUCCAUCGUCUUAAAAGUGCCUUGUCGAGAAAGCAAGUUCUUCCACCCGCCGACGAAACAAUCAACGUGAAGCGGAUCGUCCAAAACCCACCGAAGCCUAAUGCACCGCCCCAAGCAAAGAAAGGUGUUCCUAUCUCGAGAGUGCUGCCUCCAUUCCUUCCUCAAAAGCCAGUAGCCGCCUCGUUACCGGCCUUACCACCGUCGCUUCCCAGCAAGCCGAUCACCCAAACGUCAAAAUCCGCACGACUGUCGUCACACCAGUCCUCUUCCUCUUUGCAAUCGCCUCUUGCGUCUUCCUCGUCUUCGCCUUCAUCCACACCUUCAUCGUCACACUCCCAGCCACCCUCUAAGUCGAAGGAGAUUUGUCGGCCAAUUGCGCAUUUCGACAGAUUGCUGCAGAUUGCUUCGUCGACUUCCACUCUCAGCUAUGGGAGUUUGAGCGUGGAGCUCCAAACUGAUGCCGUCGCCAGCGCCCUUACGGAAGGAUUGGUUGCGGAGGUGAUAUGGGAACUGCACGAGACCAACUGGCGUCUCGAAUUACUUUUCAUGGAUCGAACGAAGGCGCCCUCCAAAUGGCCUCCCGGUACGACACAAGAAGAUACGCAGGCUCGUUGGGAGAGAGACCAACAAGUUCGGUCUAUUUUCGGAUUAGCCUUGGGAGAAGACGAUGUCACUGCGGUCACUCCGACAUAUGUCGUCUACGAAAUUCCGAAUUCCGAUGGUUUCUGGUCUUCGAGCGAUUGGCGGAUCCGUCGAACAGGCGUUCGCCGCUUGGUAAAACUCAUGAAAGACUGGGACGGUUGUCCAACGGACAUUAAAGGAGGGCUUCCGGAUAGUGAUUUACGCUAUUACCUGCAGGCUGAGCAACGAGUCCUGGGUUAUUACUGCACGGCGUUCUUUGAGGAGUUUGGAAGGGCCCCGGUUGUUCCUUGCCGCCUACCCCAAGUAUCUCUCCAUCGCGACCAUCCGCUCUCCCUUCGUCCACGUGCAACAACGUCAUCAACAUCGUGA